AUGUCCGGUGCGCAAAGGUCAUUGAAAGAAAGUUUGGAUUUUCCUGUCUCGAGCUUGUGUCUUUUCAAGAAAGCUAGGGCUCCAAACAGAACUCCGUUACCUUUCAAUCUUAUGGAGCUCUGUACUCAGUUUUCUCUAGUUAUUCGACAAAUGGCAAGCUUAGCACCCUGGAUAGCUGCUAUGUCCUGUAUCUUGGUUGUGGGUGCUCACAUGGCAGUGGAAAUCGACAAUGGAGUUAUAGGCGAACCCGAGGUGCAGUGCGGAUCCGACUCAAUUUCGCUGCUCUUCAAUUCGCGAAAUCCGUUCACCGGCAAAGUCUUUGUGAAGGGAUAUGUCGCUGAUGGAGAAUGUGUGAUGAUGGGAGAUAGUAAAACUAGCCAUCGGUUCACUGUGAAGCAUGACUCUUGUGGAGUUCGACGACAAAGGGAGGUCAAUGGCGUUGUUAUCAUCACAACAGUGAUAGUGUCCUUCCAUUCGAUUUUCAUCACUCGGGUUGACAGAGCUUAUCGCUUGAGCUGUUUCUACGUGGAAGGAGCCAAGCGAGUUCAGCAACAGCUUGAUGUGGCGUCUCUGACGACGCAGGCAGUCGAAGGUCAAACACAACUCCCGGUCUGUAGGUACGAAAUCCUAUCCGAUGGCCCAAACGGGGUUCCCAUUAAGUAUGGCAAAAUCGGAGAAACUGUUUACCACAAAUGGACCUGCGUCUCCGAGCUGACCGAUGUGUACUGCAUGCGGGUUCACUCGUGCACUGUGUACGAUGGGCAGGGUGGACCUCCGGUUACGGUUUUGGAUGCAAACGGCUGCUCCGUUGAUGGCGUGAUCCUUCAAAAUUUAGACUACACUUCUGAUUUGACGGCUGGUAAAGCUGCACAGGUUUUCAAAUUCGCUGACAAAGCAGGUCUAUACUUCAAUUGCCAGAUUCAGUUGACCAUAAAAGACAAACAAUAUGGUUGUUCUACCGCUCAACCUCAGUGUACACAAACUUACGUAACCUCGUCGGCGCAAACCACGGAAGUUUCCUCGGAAUACACUGGCAGCCACGAGUCAGGCUAUCCGACGCGUCCUGCAGACGACGGCUACAAUGGUGGCUCAUCAGACUACUAUGCUUCAACCGGCCCUCCUGGAUAUGAAUCCGAACAAAUGCAUUAUCCUCAGCCACCCGCUCUGAAGUUAGCGCCAAAUGGCAAGGGUCCAACGUCAGCGAGACCAGCAGGUGCUCCUGGAAUCCGACCUACAUAUAGCGACUUACAUCCGAAUGAGACAGAAGAGGGUUACUCAACCAUGUCAGCUUCCUCCUACGAGUCUUCACAAAAUCCCUAUACAAGAUUGAUAAAACGCAACGUCAAUGGUGCAGCUAUGCGAAAUCGUACACAGCCAAUCACAGUAGCUGAUUUUGAUCUACCUGAGCGAGGGCUGAUCGUGUUUGGUUUGGAGGAUGGCAACAACGAAGAGCAAGAGAAUGAGAGUGCGGCCCGUCUUAUACAUCAGGACCGAGCUUCACAGACGUGCUUUACAUCAAACAAGUUUUUGGUCUUCGCCGUGAUGUGUCUAGUUCUCUUCAUCGGGUUAAUCUUCUCGCUUUCACUUAUCAUCUACAAACAACGUCGCCUUAUGGAUCAACCUUAUAUGAAACAUUAGUGCCUUAGACUCGAUUAAUUUUGACCGUGCGACCAUCGUUGCCUGCCCACAAGUGCUUCUAGCCAAUUCUAUGACUGCCGCAAAUGCUUUCAUCUCCAAGUCUUUAUUGUGAAAAAGUUCUCAGCAUAGCCAUGAUUGUUGCCUCCCAGUGACUGUAUCAUAGUAGUUUUUCAUUGUGCUUAGAAUGAAUUUGCCACUUAUUAUUUCAAAUG